UGUUUAUUGUAUUAAAAUUUUGGAAAAAAAAAACAUGUGUAGUUUCUAACUAAAUAUUUGUUUUGUGUGUUGAGCUUAGAUUAUGCAAGUCGUUACUAAAGUAGCCCGAGUAACUCCAAGUGCUCAAAGCAAUGGCAGCUGCACCAAAAAGGAAUCCAGCUCCAAGCAAUUUACCACCCAGACUGCUUAGCAAUGGCAGCAGCAUGUGGCGCUCGGAGCCACCCAAUUGGCAUUCAAUGGCCAUGCGUAAUUCCUUUCAUGCUCAUUUUGUUGGCAAUCCCUAUCAGACGCCACAACCAUUCAUGACAGGCGGCUCCACAAUGCCACAGGCCUUCAGCUACAUGCCACAGCAGCAGCAACAACAGCAGCAACCACAAUAUUAUACACAGCAAGGUGAAGCUGAAGUAAAUACCUUAAACUUAACCAUGGCGCAUAUGCAGCCAAGAAUUCAGUCGCUGUCCCAGCCCCAGCAGCAGCUUUGGUACGAGUACGACUAUCAGCCCAUGCAGCCAAGUCCGGACUACAGCUAUUGGUAUCGCAUGCAACAAGCUCCAGCAGCAAGUGCCUACCAAAUGAAUCCCAGGCAAACAGCAGUGGCCAAACCGCAGCCAAUCCAAGCUGCAGCUAAGUCCACAGCUCAAAUCCAAGGCAAAGCGUGCCAAAAGCAAAUCCAUUCAAUACCAGGCGGCCAAGAGCAACGGCGGCUCGCUGUUCGUGCACCGCUCAGCGCUAACGGCAGCCUCAACCGCAUGGAUAGCGUCACCAGUUUCCAGAACUCCCUUGGCUCACGCAUCCGCAAUUCAGCCGAAGACCUGGUCCAAUAUCGGCGCAUUGCCGCACGCACUCUCGCCAAGAAGCAACAGACACCACCAAUAGCAGAAGCAACUCAACAGCUCAAGCAAGAGCUGCCCAAGGAACAGCCGAAAGUAAGCAACGGCAUAUACAGGCUGCCAGCAAAGCAAGCAGAGUCCAAGAUUGAAGAGCACGAAAUGCAGCCAAUAACUGAGAACAAGCCGACGCUUUCCUCUGAGCGCAAAGGCAACAGUUUCUUUAAGAAACUUGGACUCCUCAUGAGCGGCAGCAAGCUCAGCAGUCAGUCUCGCAAGAAAACAAAUUUCCUUAAGCGUCUCUUUAUCGCUGAGCAUUAUCCAACCGAUACGCAUGUCGCUUCGGAUUCGAACCAAGAGACAAGCGACUCUCUGAGAUUUGAAAGAGAGCACGCCAAGCCAACAAAAGAUGAACUAACCAAAGCCAAACAGAUUUAGUUAGAAGCUAACGACAUGUAAAAAUAAAGUCACAAUAAAAUAUUAUAAAA